UCGUUAGGUCUGGCUCAGUGUGCAGAACUCUGCUGGCAGCUGAGAGGGGAAGCCGGAAAGAGGCAAGUUCCCGGUGCAAAGGUGGCCCUGCAGCACAAUUUAGGCCUCGGAGGAGCUGUGGUUGUGACACUCUACAGGAUGGGCUUCCCCGAAGCGGCCAGUUCUUUUAGAACUCAUCAAAUUGAGGCUGCACCAACCAGUUCUGCAGGUGAUGGGUUUAAGGCAAAUCUUGUCUUUAAAGAGAUUGAGAAGAAGCUUGAAGAGGAAGGGGAACAGUUUGUGAAGAAAAUCGGUGGUAUUUUUGCCUUCAAGGUGAAGGAUGGCCCUGGGGGUAAAGAAGCCACCUGGGUAGUGGAUGUGAAGAAUGGCAAAGGAUCAGUGCUUCCUAACUCAGAUAAGAAGGCUGACUGCACAAUCACAAUGGCUGACUCUGACUUACUGGCCUUAAUGACUGGUAAAAUGAAUCCUCAGUCGGCCUUCUUCCAAGGCAAAUUGAAAAUCACGGGCAACAUGGGUCUGGCUAUGAAGUUACAAAAUCUUCAGCUUCAGCCAGGCAAAGCUAAGCUGUGAAGAACUCCCUAUGACUGCUUUUUAAAAUCAAAAUGAGAUAUAUAGAUCUAUAUCCAUAUAUGUCAUUGUCUGAAUUUAGACUGAAACUACAUAUUGGCAAAUAACGUGAGAUAGAUUUGUUUUUAAAUGGGUGUGACCAAUCCUUUUUAAGCUCUAAGUGAAGAGAGUCUGAUGGUAUACUACUGCUUUGCUGAACUGCAUACAACUGUGCAUUACAAAGUAAAUCUGGUAAUUAUUGUUUGGGGUAAAAUUGAGUUUCAGAAUAAAAUUAGGAACAGUAAAAUCCAAAACACUAUGUAAACAAAA